CCACGUGUACCCAAUUCCUUGCUAUUGUCUUGGCACAUCGCGCUGCUCAGCUUGGGCAGCUUUAUCUUUCGCAGGGUGUUGAUCAAGAGUGCAGUCACACGGGUGCCACGAUGAAAAUAAGUGCUGCCGCACGAUGGUUCAGACGAUCUAUCGAGCUCCUGAACGCGGGUUCGGAUAAAUCGACAUUAUCUCAUAAUAUCAAGGUGCGCCCUUGGUGUUCCAGACGAAGAUAUGACCACGUCGCUCUGAUGCGUUGGGCAUUCACAGGCCAUCACACGGGACGGCUAUGACGUGGCUCGUCUGCUUUUGGGCUACGCCGCCAACGGGGCAGAGGGACAUUUACAAAUGUUUUUGCAACGUCAGCUUCUCCAGGUCGGAACCCAUUCUGGUUUGGCUCUCAACCCCAUGGCUGCCAUGGCAACCUCAAGGGACAGCACAUGUAGUACCAGGUUUCACAAGGCUAUUCUACACAGUCUCCAAGCUACUCUCACGGAGUCAAGUCCAGAUUCUCUCGAGGUCAGCGACAAGAUGGCACUCCUGGUGCUACUGUGGAAAGCUGGGGACUCGGCGUUCACAUGCAAGAGAUUUGACGAGGCUGCCGAGUACUUCGCCCUGGCGAGUCUGCCUCCUGUCUACUUGGAUGAGGCGACGCAAAGCAACACCAUUCUCAAAGCAGCUGUCGCACUGCUGCAUGCCGACUCCCCGCAUCGAGCAUGGUCAAUUCUCGCAAGGAUACCGCAAGGCCACGAAACUUCUUUUCUGUAUAAGAUCAUUCGCCUCACCAUAGCUGUCAAGCGGGAGGAUUUGGAUGAAGUUUCUAUUCUGCGCCAUGUCGACGAUCUCAUGCAAUCGCAAGGAUUCGAGGCAGUUGCCCUUCUUCCACUUCUUGAACAUUCAUUGAAGCAUGGGCAACUCGUGCUAGCGGUGAAAGUGAUGACAAGUCUAGUCAAAGACAGCCGACACUCCGCAAGGCUAUCGAAAGGGCUCGAUAUAGCUCGGAUGGAGCAUGCAAUAGCCAUUGCGAUGAAUCAUGUCACCGCGGACAACGCUCAUUCGCUUGAUGUUGCAGCCAGUACGGCUCGACUUCUGCAACAGCGGAUUGCUGGAGCCUUCCACACACCACCGCACAUAAUUCUUUCGAUUGGCAAGAUUUGCUUUCGGCUCUCGAUGGCAGCAGCUCCUGGAGUGUCUCAAGUCCUCAAGAACGAGCUCCGCGAGGCGGCCACCGGUCUUCUGCGCACAAUAAGAGACAAAUCGAGCUCAUGCUGGAUGCUCGCUCUGCUCUCGGUGCUACGAGUUGAGCAUGAGUUGCAGCAGUCGCUCAACAUGCCGAUACAGGGGGAAGCGCUGCACGGUUUGCUUUCUUCUCUGUACGAGGCCGAAUUAGCGCUCUCCACAGUGACAUCAAUUGACGAAGCUGUGUGUCAGCGCGUCCUCCUCUGGAUCUCACAUCUGACCGCCGAGAUUCGUAUCCGCAUGCGAGAUUGGGAUGGGCUACACAGGUGCAUCGUCAGUGCUAAGCAAAUCGCGACUGAUCCUCUCUUGCAAUUUUCUGUCCUCGAACCGAUCGCUGCCAUGAUGACAACAUCCACUACUAACCUUGCGCCGCUGAAACUUGUCUUCUUCCUGGCGGAAAGCAUUCUUAGCGCUCUACUCUCUUCGCCUCUCUCGGCUGCGCCUGAGUGGACGAAAAUCGCUGCCUGGAUCCGAAGUCUCGUCCUCAGCACAGAACUGAUGAGCCAUUCCAGGUUUACGGCCGCUGCAAAUUAUGGCGCGAUGCUUGCAAAAGUCGAGGAGGCAACGGUGCACCUACGGGUGAUUCUGGACGGUCAUCAUCAUCGAGAUUACCCACCGUCAGAACUGCAGUGGCUUGCAACACGAUUGUGGGCUUUGGGUAUGCGGAAUUUGGCCAAUGGUACUGCUAGGGUUGGUGAAAAGCUGUGCGGUCAGGCCCUCUCCAUGGCGAACUUGUGCGAGAAUGCCGACGAGCUCGUGUCUCAGGUAUGCAAAACCUGGGCGAUAGCAAUCACAAGAAGAUUCUGAUACCACUCGUGCUUUCUUUCUCCAGUUCACAGCCGAAUAUGAAUGUAGCGUCGACAAAUAAAUUGCGGCUGUGCCGG